GGCUGAGGGGAGACGCUGGAGCGGGGCGGCCGCCGCGCCCCGCCGCCUCCCGCCAUGGGUUCCUGAGGAAAACGACGGCGGGAUCAGCCCUCCCUUCGAAGCCCGAGACCCCCGGGCGUGGCGGGGUUCUUGGUGACCUGCCCCAGCAGGGGUCCCCUCCAGGGCCCCCGAGGCACGAUGUUGGUGACGGGCGCCUCUCCGACGGCGGCCGCGGCCCCCAGCGUCUCGUCGGGGCCCGCCGGCAGCCCGGCCGUCGUGGAGCAGCCCAUAUUCCUGAUGACGACGGCGGCCCAGGCCACCUCGGGCUUCUUCGUGUGGACGGCUCUGCUCAUCACCUGCCAUCAGAUCUACAUGCACCUGCGCUGCUCCAGUUGCCCCAACGAGCAGCGCUACAUCGUCCGCAUCCUGUUCAUCGUGCCCAUCUACGCCUUCGACUCCUGGCUCAGCCUCCUGUUCUUCACCAACGACCAGUACUACGUCUACUUCGGCACCGUGAGGGACUGCUACGAGGCCUUUGUCAUCUACAACUUCCUGAGCCUCUGCUACGAAUAUCUCGGAGGAGAAAGCGCCAUCAUGUCUGAGAUCCGGGGGAAGUCCAUUGAGUCCAGCUGCAUGUACGGGACCUGCUGCCUGUGGGGGAAGACUUACUCCAUUGGAUUCUUGCGGUUCUGCAAACAGGCCACUCUGCAGUUCUGUGUGGUGAAACCCCUCAUGGCCAUCAGUACGGUGAUCCUCCAAGCCUUCGGCAAGUACCGGGACGGUGACUUUGACGUCACCAGCGGCUACCUCUACGUGACGAUCAUCUACAACAUCUCCGUCAGCCUGGCCCUGUACGCCCUCUUCCUCUUCUACUUCGCCACCCGCGAGCUGCUCAGUCCCUACAGCCCAGUCCUCAAGUUCUUCAUGGUCAAGUCCGUCAUCUUCCUUUCCUUUUGGCAAGGGAUGCUGCUGGCCAUCCUGGAGAAGUGUGGCGCCAUCCCCAAGAUCCACUCGGCCGAGGUGUCUGUGGGCGAAGGCACCGUGGCCGCCGGCUACCAGGACUUCAUCAUCUGCGUGGAGAUGUUCUUCGCCGCCCUGGCCCUGCGGCACGCCUUCACCUACAAGGUCUACGCGGACAAGCAGCUGGAUGCCCAAGUCCCGACGUACGGCCCUUACGGCCGCUGCGCUCCCAUGAAGAGCAUCUCCAGCAGCCUCAAGGAGACCAUGAACCCCCACGACAUCGUGCAGGAUGCCAUCCACAACUUCUCCCCCGCCUACCAGCAGUACACGCAGCAGUCCACCCUGGAGCCCGGGCCCACCUGGCGUGGCGGCGGCGGCGGCCACGUGCCCACCCGCUCCCACGGCCUCGGCGCCGCCCACGACCACGAGAAGACCCUCCUCCUCAGCUCAGACGAUGAGUUCUAGAAGGCAGAGGGCCCCUCUCUCCUCCCCUCCCCUCCCCCCCGGGCCACCCCGAACCUCCCUUUAAUUUAUUGAACCAGAGGCGGGUGGGCUUCUCCGACCUCCUGGGAUCCCGGCAGUGCCCGUGAACUGAUCCGGCGCUCCCUCGCCGGGAGUGCUUGAGCGAGGCCGGGGUGGGGGCGGGCGACCGCGGAGCACGAGAGCCGAGCGCUCAGGGCGAUUUCUUCCCCCCACGUCCCGAGUUCUGCGGCGCGCGUGGCCAAAACGUUUGCGUUUGUGUCGGUGCUGCCUCUUCUGUCUGUCCCCGAGCCGGGGGGCCGCCCCCACUCCCCGGCUUGCGGCCCAAACCUUCCUCUCCAGGCCGAGGGGAGGGACCAAGUCCCCGUCCCCGUCUGAUAGUGCAAUACCCUGCCCUGCUCCCUGGGCUUCUUCGCCCGUGAUCCCCACCCUACCCCCAGCUGGGGCAGGCUUUGGCGUUGGCUUGACCCGGUUGCGUCUCUGCCCCCCCGUGUCUCUGGUGGACCUGCUGGGAAGUCGGGGAGAGGGAGCCCACUCCACCUUUGCCCUCUGCUCCUCCUCUUCCCUCCUCCCCCCCCCCCCCCCCGCUGUUUUCCCCCAUCCCAUCUUUUCAUCCUCCUCUUCAGGCUCCGCCCCUCCACAGUGCAUUAAGUGAGGCUCGAAGGCUGCAGCACUUCAAAGUCACCACCUGCAGGGGCCGUUGGCGGGCUUGGAGGGGUAGGCAGAGGCCCACAGUGCUGGUGAGAGAGCGGGGGUCUCCUCCAGUGAUGCUCUAUGCCUCCUGGGGUCUCCUCUCCCGUGCCUUCCCUUUCCUUCCACCCCUGUAAGCCAGGAACAAACGGUUGUUGGUCCUCCCGGGGCCCCCUCUGCCUUGUUCCGUUGCUCUGCUCCUUUUGCCCAUGAUGUCAGUGGAAAUGAUGCCCACAGUGAGCGCUGGGCAAGACGAGCUGGGCUCUGCCCAUCCUAGGGAUCGCUGUAGGCUUCCCAGCACUGGACCCUGGACAGCGGAGGCCAUCCUGCUGCCUCCUGACAUCAGCUCAGUCCCCUGGUCUGAGGGAGUCUGGGAUGGAAGAGGAGGUUGGUGGGGUGGGGGGGAUUUCCCUCCCUUGUGUUCUAAAUCUCCCUCUCCUAGGAUUGCCCCAUUCUCUCCUCCCUCCAACGGCCCCUCCCUCUUCCCCCUCGAACCCCGGCCUCUUCUGUGCCUUAGUUCCACAGGGGCCCCAGCAUCCCCCUUCCCCUCCCACCACCUUGCCGGAAAAAGCCACCCUCACGUGGCCCAGGGGAGGCAACAGCCGGCCGGGGUGGGGGUUUUCGCGGGCCGCAGAGUUGCCGCCAGAGGGAUGAAAACUGGGGUUCCACCUGUAGUUUCCCUCCCCCGGCCCCAGCCUCUGUCGGCCAGGGGGUGGGGAGGGCCGGAGAAGCGGGCGGGGCUUGUAGAGCAUUCGCUUUAUAUUAUCAAGAUCUCAUGUAACAUCUAUCCUUAAACAUGAAGCAUCCAGUCAACUUUCAACACUAAUUGCCGUGUGGGUGGUCAGGGAGGGAUGGGAGGCGGGCACCUCCCCUUUAGACUGGGGCACUGGUCAGUGGCUUGUUCUGGCCCCUCCGUGAGGGCACAGCCGUCCCCCCUCCCCAUGCACACACAUCAACCUGGAGGGUGGUGAGAGAGGGCGUCUUGGUCCCCUAUUGAUGUCUUCCUGGACUGGAGGGUGGGCAAGGGAAAGCCUGACUCUGUGAUCGGGAUCCCGGCCUGGUUUAGAAAUAAACGGGCGACCCGUCCCCCUGGGAGGGCGGGGGGCCACCAGCCUCGCCCCCUCCCAUUUGGUCCUCCAUCUUCCUUUCUCCCCUUGUCACUCCCUGACUCCUGCCCUUUGGGUCGGCAUUAUGGAGUUUGGGUUGUUGGGAUGGGGAAUGGGUCGGGGGACACGAGGGGAGAAACGGACAAAAGGACAGGGGAGGUGUUCGAGUGGAGGAGGGUGGCACCUGCUGCUGCCUUGAAGGUAACAAACCAUCCUGACGUGCCCUGCUCUGUCCCACUCACCCCCUUACUUCCUCUUUGUGUGUAACAUACCGUGUCCCUUUUUUUUUUAUUUUUUAUUUUCAGGUAGAGUAGCGUCUUUGUAUAUAAAAAUGACUUGAAAACAAAUUGUAUGAUAUAUAAGACAGAGUCACCUAGUUUUGUACCUCGUGUAGAACUGCCGUGGGCUCCGCCAGAAGCCGCUCUCUCUAUUUUGGUCUCUGUGACUUUUAAACGCGCGACUGCAGCAAGCAAAUAAAGUAAGAAAAAUAAAUAUAUAUAUCUGAGAUGCUAUACA